ACGCUGCCAGCACGGCUGACAGGUGCUGCACGCCUCUCUUCAGGAACAUUUUAUGUCCGGAACGUCCACCGAGGGACCAUGGAGGAGCCGCAGAAGAAGCCGGGACAGAGGUACGAGAGCAAGCCCCGAAAAGUGAGGUUCAAGCUGGCCUCGUCCUACAGUGGCCGAGUGCUGAAGCACGUCUACGAGGACGGCCAGGAGCUGGACAGUCCUGAGGAGAAGUACCCUCACAGCUUCAUCCACACCAAGAUCCCUCAACACCUGGACAUGGGGCAGCUUUACGGCUUCCAGGAGAUGCAGGACGAGGGUCUGUACCCACCUACGGGACUCAUAGCCCAGAGGAUCAAUGUGUACCGGGGAGGCAGCGGCUACAGGCCUCCAGACUACGGGGAUCAACCAGACGGUGAAGAAAAAGCACCGGUUUUAGACUUUGGAAAGAUCAUCAUCUACACCAGCAACCUGAAGAUUAUCCGCUCUCCUCAUAGAAAAGGCGAGUCCAGUAGAAGCCAUCACCGAAGUCGUAGAGAGGGAGGAGAGGCGUCGCCGGGUCGGGAGUCCAGAUCCAAGGGAAAACAGAAAUCAAGAAGCUCUCGCAGUGAAGAACGCAGUCCUGCUCCCAAACAAAAGGCGUCCGUGAAGAAGGAGGUCAAAAAGGUUCAGGAGGUGCCAGAAGUCCAGGAAGUUCAGGAAGUGGCCAGUUGCGGACAGUGUGGAGGCUCGGGCAGCGCUCCUUGUUCCUUGUGCCAUGGCAGCAAGCUGUCCAUGUUGGCCAAUCGCUUCAACGAGUCCAUCCGUGAGCUGCGCUGUCCGGCCUGCAAUCCUGAUGGCCUGGAGCAGUGCCAGUUGUGUGCCCAGUAGCCUGCUGGACAUCCUGUAACUUCCUCAAACGCACUGGUCAGCAGAUAACACUGAGAUGUUCUGCCUCACUGAGAGUUAAGAGUGUAAGCUAGUCUAUUAGAAAACAACAGACAACACAAUUCACAGCAACAUUUUAGAGACCAUUUUCAAAUGAGGGGCAGAGUAAAUGAAUCAGAUGAUGGAAGAUAAUAAACAGUGAGAGAAAGAUAGAGAGAAGUAGAGAGAGAGAGAGAGAGAGAGAGAGAGAAGUAGAGAUAGAGAGAGGCAGAGAUAUAGAACAAGAAAGGAAGCUAAUCGAGGGAAGCUUUUCUUUAUGCACAACAGCACAAUACAAGAAGAAACAAGAAAAUGAGGACAUUUCUCAUUCCAGGAACAUCUUCCAAGAUUUGUAAUUACACAGAAAAACACAAUUAAGAUGGAGGAUCUGAAACGAGUCUGCGGUGUUGAGACACCUUAUGUUAAAGAGGAUCUAUGAAAAGAAUUUUGAGUGGGAUUUUCUCAAAUGUGGAUGAAAGGAAUGAGUUAAACAAAAGUUGGGUAAAACUUUACUUGGAUGGUCCAUCUUAUGGCCUUAUUGAUGCUCAACUGACAUUCAGCUAACAUUCAACUGAAUGUCUAUUAAAUGCAAUUUAACCCUAUGUUGAAUGUAAAUGAUCCAAAAUAGAAUCUAUCCCUACACCUAACCCUAACCCCUAAUCCCUUACCCUAACCAUUAAUCAACACUAAAAUAUAACCCUACACCUAACCCAAACCCCUAACCUUAACCCAUAAUCAACGCUAAAAUAUAACCCUACACCUAACCAUAACCCCUAACCCCUAAUCUUAACCAUUAAUCAACCUUAAAUCUUACUCUACACCUAACCCCUAACCUUAACCAUUAAUCAACACUUAAAUCUAACCCUACACCUAACCCUAACCUUAACCCUUAAUCAACACUAAAAUCUAACCCUACACCUUAACCAUUAAUCAACCCUAAAAUCUAACCCUACACCUAACCCUAAUCCCUAACCUUAACCAUUAAUCAACACUAAAAUCUAACCCUACACCUAACCCUAACCUUAACCCUUAAUCAACACUAAAAUCUAACCCUAAAAUCUAACUCUACACCUAACCCCUAACCUUAUCCAUUAAUCAACACUAAAAUAUAACCCUACACCUAACCCAAACCCCUAAUCUCUUACCCUAACCAUUAAUCAACACUAAAAUCUAACCCUAACCCCUAACCUUAACCAUUAAUCAACACUAAAAUCUAACCCAACCCCUAACCUUAACCAUAAAUCAACCCUAAAAUCUAACCCUACACCAAACACUAACCCCUAACCUUAACCAUUAAUCAACACUAAAAUCUAACCCUACACCAAACCCAAACCCCUGAUCCCUAACCUUAACCAUUAAUCAAACCUAAAAUCUUACUCUACACCUAACCCAAACACCUAAUCCCUAACCUUAACCCUUAAAUCAACCCUAAAAUCUAACCCUACACCUAACCCUAAUCCCUAACCUUAACCCUUAAAUCAACCCUAAAAUCUAACCCUACACCUAACCCUAAUCCCUAACCUUAACCAUUAAUCAACACUAAAAUCUAACCCUACACCUAACCCAAACACCUAAUCCCUUACCCUAACCAUUAAUCAACACUAAAAUCUAACCCUACACCUAACCAUAACCCCUAAUCUUAACCAUUAAUCAACCUUAAAUCUUACUCUACACCUAACCCCUAACCUUAACCAUUAAUCAACCCUAAAAUCGAUGGAUGGAUGUUGGGUUACAUUCAAUAGAGAAUCAUUUACCUUCAUAUUUCAGUUCAAUUGCCUUUAAUAGACAUGCAGUUGAAUGUUAGUUUAACGUCAGUUGAGCCAUAAACAAUUUACUCAAGCUCAAGUUAACAUACUUGACUGGUUGACUGGCUCGCUUACCAUCUUCACCAAUAAAGACCAUCUUAGACCAUCCAAAAUCAGAAUCUGAGCAGGAAUAGCACUAAUGGAAUCAUAUCUCAACCAAACCACUGUCAUUUGAUGUUGCUGUCAAGGAUACUUAAAGGCACUAUAAGUAUUUUUUAUUUUCUUUUAAACUAAUAAAACAUGCUUUUGCUUUUGAAAUAUUUUACUAGAACAUAUGUAUCUUGGGAAUUUGCUUUACUGUGGAGGCAUAUCUCAUAUUUUU